ACGUAGGAAACUGUUAAUUAGCAGUAUGGAAAUUAUCAUCAAAUUAUUGUUUUGUGUCAAAUCUUGCAUUUAUAUUAGGUCCUCUGGUAUUCUUUAGCUAUUUUUAAUUAUUUACACGGCAUCUUCUUGAUUUUUGCAUUAUGAAAAAAAAAGCAACAACGUGAAUUUUAAAUUUUAAAUUCAAAAACUGUAUACGCACUGCAAACAGCAGAUGGCGCUCGACAACAAAAAGUCCUGGCCAUCUCUAUUAGGAUGAAGUGGGCGUAAAAGACUUGUGUGUGUGUGUGUGUGUGUGUGAGAGAGAGAGAGAGAGAGAGAGAGAGAGAGAGACUGGGCUUGUGCACCGGUUUGCUGCCCUGCGCUACGGAUGUGUGAUGCUGUAGUGGUCAGUAUCGGUCCUCCAUGGCGGGUUUAGCUCUCAUACUCAGCGCUGAGAUGGAGACAUGACCGGAGAAACAAGAGGAAAGGACCACGAUCUCUUCCUUAUAGACGGGCUUUAGCCAGCUUGAGGAGGAGCAGACGGAGGACGAGUUCUUCCCGGCACUCUCAGGUUGCAGCUGCAGGUUUAAACGGACCGCAUGCACAGAACUGGGAGUCUCACUAUGAGAGUCUCCUGAUUCGGAUCCAAGCAAAAUUCUGCAGAGCUUCUGCGCUGGGCGUCUUGCGUCUUGUAUCUACAGUUCGGCGGUAGCGCGGCGCUUUCUGUGCGCCACUGAGUUGGUGAAGGUGAUGGAGAAGCCGGCGCAAGCCCAGCUGCAGUCAGGUGCAUCCAAGAGCUCGGAGAGUUGUACAGAGGAUUUGUCCAAAGUCACGGACCAGGAGCUCCUGAAGUGGAGUAAAGAUGAGCUGGUGCGGAGGCUGCGCAGAGCCGAGGCCGAAAAGAUGAGCGCCAUAGUGGAGCACGGAAACCUGAUCCGAGAGGUGAACCGCAGGCUCCAGCUGCACCUGAACGAGAUCCGGGGGCUGAAGGAGGUGAAUCAGAAACUUCAAGAGGAUAACCAGGAGUUACGUGACCUUUGCUGCUUCUUGGACGAUGACCGGCAGAAGGGGAAGAAAGUGUCAAGGGAGUGGCAGCGCCUCGGCCGAUACAGUGCAGGCAUUAUGCGUAAGGAGGUGACCCUGUACCUGCAGAAGCUGAAGGAGCUAGAGCAGAGGCAGGAGGAGGUGCUGAAAGAAAACCUGGAACUGAGGGAGCUGUGUCUCAUGCUGGAUGAAGAAAAGGGCUCUGGAGGCACAGGAGGCUCACUGAGCACUGGAGGUCCAGCAGGCUGCAGGAACUCUAUCGACAGCCAGAGCAGCCUGUCACAUGCCAGCGUGCCCGGGCCAGGGCUGCUGAGGGACGUUGGGGAUGGGAGUAGCACUUCCAGUGCAGGCAGCACCGACAGCCCCGAUCAUCUGACACAUAAGCAGCAGCUGCUGGCUGGUCCAGCUGCAGGCAGUCUUGAGCAUGUCCACAAACCCCGAGCAGGGGAGGAGAUGCCAGUUCCAGAGCAACUCAGCCGCAGAAGGAGCACAAGUCCGGAGUAUGCUGCCCAUACCUUUCCUCAAGUUUGCCGGCCUCGCUGUGGCUCCUUCUCUAGUCCUGACCACAAGGGCAUGCGAGGUCUUAGCCCUGAAAAGCUUGGCAAAAGGGGCAGCCCAGAGCAGUUUUUAAAGCACUUGCCAGUGUCUUCUCAGCCUCCUGGUAGCCCUGACCUCUUUCAGAAGCACAGGACAAGCAUUGUGAGUCUAUGUGGCAGUCCAGAGCCUAAACAGAUACUGUCAGGCACUCCUGAACAUCUGCAGAAGGGUCGUGUGAUUGCAGGGAGCCCUGAGAUGCUAAGACACCAGUAUAGUGGCAGUCCAGAUCAUGGCAAGUUUGGCAGCCCUGGGCGGGAUGUGGCACAAAGGAGGUCAGGAGCAGAGGAGCUGUCCCCGCAUCACCGGAGCAUCUACAGUGGUAUGAAUGCUCUGCUAUCUGCUGGCUGCUGCACCACCUCCUGUAGAAGUGUCAAGCUUUGGGACAGCUUUGAUGCCUCCUGACCGUUGCCUUGACUGGAUCUGAUGCUGGGUGCCUGGCUUUAAAGGAGCCCAGAUCUCUGCAGUCUUUUGCACUGGGAGAGAGAGUGCACAAUAUUGUGCAGCAGCCAGUGUCUUGUGUCUUUUCCACCCCAUGCUGGUUUCAGGUGUCCUGUUUCCCCUGUUAGAGCUCUGCACAAAAAACAAAAAACUAAAACAACAACAAAAUAAAAAUCUAUAAAAGGGGUUUCAUUAGGAGGGAG